GUGUACGGGAACAGUCGGAAAGCGUGGUCUAGUGUAUUUGCAGCGUUUUGGUGCCAUAUUUUGCCCGGUUUUUACCGUAAAUGGGAUUUUUAGUCCCUUAAACUCUUCUCUGAAUAUCAUUUAUUGUUUUGAUAAAAAUCUGACUUUUUUCUGAGAUGCCAGCGCCACGAUCUAAGGUAAAUAAUUUAGCACGGUAAUUAGUUGUAAGUUUCAAAAUGAUGUUUACAUCUCUGAAUUCUUUAUACGAGUAAUCGAAUGAUCCGCUUAGACCUUAAACACUAAAAUGAUGUAUUUUUGUUUUAAAGAGUUCAAAGAGUUCUUUAGUUAACAUUUGUAGCAUCUUACUGAUGUUCGUGAUGACUUUCUAGGGUUGUCAGACUACGCAUUCUUUUACAUUGUUUACAAUAAACUUUUAACCAAUAUUGCCGGUAUUUUGCGCUUUUAUUGAAAACAGCCUUUAAAUCUUUCAGGUGAGAUAUUCGCGUUAUUGCUAAUUCAAAAUCAUAAAUUAAUCUGUAUCGCCAUUGUUAUGUCUAGUAUACAGUAAACAGAUAUCUUCCAUGGGUCCAACUGCAUGAGCAUGGAUUGUCCCGGCAGAUCUCGAGAAUGUUGUUGUUAUCAACAAUUAUAGUAGUUUUUAAUAAUUUACCAGAUGUGUAUUUUGCUUGGCUUAUAGUUUCUUACCCUGAAAAAUAAAUGAUAUCAUGAAAUUUAGUUUGAUCAGUAAUUAGGUCCAAGGUUGACAUAAAUUUGUACAAAAAAAUACAAACUAAAGAAUCAUAAAUUAUUGAUAUUUUUAUUAUUUAUUAAUCCCUACGGUCACAGCUGAGAUCUGGAUUAAUGACUCUUGGGGAUGGAAUACAUGUACUUCAGUUCUUACUUUGUGUACUGCUUGAUCCUCCUUUUUUCUUUGUAUUGUCACAAACUCUUUUCACAUAGCGAUACGAAUCAGAGUAUUCUACCCAUUACAAAAAAUUUGAUGCAAGACGUCCAUACACUGUAAAAGGAGAAGUUACAAGAUCGCUGAGCUACAGCGACAGUAAUGGCUCAACACCAAGGGCUGGGCUACAAUCAAGUAAGCUUGGCACCAUUCAUGAACCCCCACUGCAAAGAAAGAGAAUUGUCCCUUAUGAGAAGAACCACAACAUCUUCCCAACUUUUACUGUAAAGGAACAACCAGACAGGGAGUGGCUCAGAAGUGACAGGGAAUCUUAUAGAUCUCGCACACCUCCUGGCAGAAGGCGCAGAGAGGUAAAAUAAAAUUCUGCUCUCAAUACUAUAAUACCUGUACAUGUCAGUUAAAGAAAUGAGUUGUUAAUUUUAUGACUUGCUAGCUGGAAAAAGUUUUGUAUAUCUGAUUUAUAUGUGGAUAGGUUAAGCUAGACUAUCACUGAGAUUUCAAGUUGCUUUAGGUAUAUAAUAGUUGUUUAAAGGUUGGAUAGUGCUAUUCAAUGGCUAAACCACUAUUCAAUCAAUAAGUAAUCUAAAGGAAACCAAUCACAUUAUCUGCUGGUGGAUAGUGAUUUAUCCAGUACAACCUAGACACUUAUCUCUGAGCUGUACUGUAGAUAACAAUUAUUAUUCACUGAAGUGGAGGUGGCUAGUGGUGGGUACUAACAAUUAUUCCUCGAGCCUGAAUGGGCUCUGAGUCAAAAGCCCAUGAGGCCAAUUGACUCAGAGACCAUGAGUACGAGAGGAGUAAAUUAGUAAAAUCCAACUAUAGCUAGUUGGUCCAAAAUAUCAAGACGACAGCCGCCAUUGUUUUGGUUUUCAAAGCCGGCGCUUCUCACUACUUGUGGACUAUAACAUAUAGCCUAGUAGCAGAGCUCUCAUGCGCGAAGGGCGCCAGCAUAGCACCAUGGGUAAGGAAAUGAAGUAAUCUACCUAUCCGAGAAAAUUUUGUAAUCACGUCACCGUAUACCGACUGCCUAUCCGAGAGACUGUCCGUCCACACCACAGGUAUACCAAUGAAAAAUAACUCAAUCAACAGGUAUGGCAACCCAAAUGCAACUCGAGGUUAUUUUGGUGGGAAAUCGCACAGCCAGCGGCGUCUUGUAAAGCAGAGACAACAAAAGAGUCAAUAAAGACGAAAACGGAAAGUGGAAAUUGUUUCUGUAUCCAUGUUGUCUAAAGUAUUAAGCUUAGAUAAAUUGUCAUAUCCACAAAUUUGGAAUAUAGAGCAAGAAAAAGACAGAGAAAAAGAGAAAGUGGGCAGCAGGCCAGCGAAGCUCAACGAGAAAAGGGGCGACAGGGAUUUAGAGCAAGAGAUAAAAAACAAAGGAGAUAUUUUUUAGUUGGAAGAACAACAAGAAGUUUCUGGAAGUUUCACGUUGUAGUUAUGCAAAACAAUGGCAAAGAAAUGUACAAAAAAAGUGUGCUGCACGUGCAAAGUUGCUUUUGCUAAUUAGACCUAUUGUUGUUUUUCACUGUUUUCCGGCAUUGCAUGCUUUCGCUGCUUAGUAUCACACAAUUUUAUAUUUUGUUUGAACAAACUGUAAAUAUUAUCAAGAGCUUCGCUUUUAGCCCUGGCUAAAUCUAUAUAUUAGUAGCUCAACCAAUCAGAGUGCAGCAUUGAUAAUAGGCCACCAGUUGGAUUUUACUAAAGAUAUAUAUCCACCACUAGCCACAAUGAGGUGAAUAUAAUUAUUAUUGUUUUAAUUAGUAUAUACUAAAACAGCCGAAGGUUUUCUUGCAAACAAAUAAAACGUUUGAAGGCAUUUGUGUAGCCCUUGAAGGGACAUUUCUUUUGUAUUUGAAUCAGUCUGUUUUAGGUGAUCAUGUCAGCUGAAUGAAGUAACGCAAGACUUAAUUUGCAUUAUUGUAAACAACAAACUUUUUUCGGUGGUUUCAUUGAUAAACUCAGAUUAAAAAGACAAAGCUUUACCUGUAAAUACUUCCAAACCAAAUUUUGUCGCCUUGUUCAUGUUGUCAGACUUCUUCGCUUGUUUGUGAAAUUUCUUUAUUUGUUACAGUAGCAAGCCGGAAAGCCAUUUUGCUCAUAACUUACACCAGUUUGGUGACGCUCAGAGGUAAACAGCACUGGAUAUCCCAUGUUUGAGUGGCCAAUCAGAUUGUGCGAAAAACAGUACUAUCCACCGUUUUAGUUAAUAUUAUAGUAAAUGGUGUUUUCCUUCCCUUUGAACAACUGGGGCCUGAUGGUUGAAGUGUUGUAAAUUUAGGAGAAGACCAUAAAGGAAGAAAGGGGCACCAGAGCAAUUGACAGAAGUGAAACGCCAAUCCUCGCAGCAGAGAGAAAAAUCUUCAAGGAGCCACGUGCGGAUAUUCACCGGACAGUUUAUGUACCAGACAGAAUUAAGAGAAAGAGUACAUACAAAGGUGAUUACGUGGACUACAAGAAACAAUCUAAAGCUCCAACUGGCACAAGACAAAACAGCAAGCAGAAACAACGCCAACAAAGUCCAAAGAAAGUAGUUGGUGGAAAGAAAGAAGGUAAGAAGAUGGAAGAAAAAUUGAACAAUAUGUCUGAAUGUUUUGUUUGCAAAUCCUUUAGUUUUGAAUUAGGGCUGGAAGAGAUGAAGGGUUUAAGUGGAAAGUAUUAUAUGCUUUUGUGUGGACUUUCUUAAAGUCCGUUAAUUUUUUUUGCCUGUUUGGGUGGUCCAUUUUUUAAGUUUCUGUCAAAAAUGGUAUAUUAAGAAGAGUAAGGCCAACAAUCAGACCAGUCAGGUCAAAGCCUCAAUCUCUUGUAGAAACUUUGUUGACUAUCGUCCCCUCUGCCCAUUCCUGGGACUUAGCCUUUGCUGUAAAUUAAAGUUAAAUUCAGGUUAAUUUUGUCUGCUGGCUUUUUUAAAAAUAGUCUAGAAUUAUGGCAAGGAGACAAAGGAAAUUGAGAGUAUUAUUAACCAGGAUUAAAAGAAAUUAACCUGGACUAAAUAGCCAACAUUUUGCAACCCCACCACUACUGGUUUCCCUUGUGAGGUGAUUUUUGACAAACAAAGAAUUCUGUACUAAUGUCAUGUCACUACUAAGAUCUGGAAAGUGCUUCUGAUUCAGGUUGAAGCAAAUUUCCCAAGUGGCACAAACAAUCAGAAACCCUAACCCAGAUCUGGGUAGUAAUAUAUAUCAUCACUCUUGAAGAAAUUCAUUGGGUUAGUAUGUUCAAAUAUCUAUUCAAAUGUUCUUAAAGCAGAGGCCCGAAAGAAAAAUCCUAAUGAUGCUGACAGUUUGGAUAACUGACAGCCAUCUUUAUCAAAACUAAAACGUCACAGGUGUCAGUAGCCCUAAAUAGGCUUCAGAACACUCCUACCAUCAACAGAGAUGAGGGAGCAUACCAGCGAUCUCCUAUAUGGACCCAUGUGAUUUCCGCCCCCAACCAGGGGGGAGGGGCAGUCUCGACAGAGUGACUUUGCACAUUUGUCACCAUUAACACCUUCAGAAGCCUAUUUAGGGGUACUGAAACCUGUGAUGUUUUAGUUUUGAUAACGAUGGCUGUCAGUCAUCAAAACUGGGCAGCAUCAUUAGGAUUUUUCUUUCAGGCUAUGCUUUAAGCACAUUUUAAUGGAUAAAUUCAUCAUCAUCAGAAUGAAAUUUAUGUGCUUGUUCCUUGUGAAAUGUGGGCUGUUUUCAUCAGGCUAGUCUUGAUUUUGACAUGCAGCUAAGGCCUUUAGAAAUAUAGAAAUAUAUAUACACUGUAUUUCUAAACACCAGUACUAACACCAGUCUUGUUUACAUUCUACUGCACUAGGCACCAGCCCAGACCGCCUUCCUCCAGCUGGCAUUCGCAGAGCAACAAGCAUUGGUGAUACUCGGCUCCUGAAACCUUCUGAUGAUUCCCAGUACAUGAGAUCUCCAGAACGUGAACAAAAGUAAAUUUUUUUCGUAUCCCUAGUGACUCAUGAGUCAAUUUUGUGCCCUGCAUAUUUCAGUGCCUACAUGGGUAACAAAUUAAUAUUGACCAGAUUUAAGCAAAAGUGCUAUCCAAAGUAUUUUCCAUUUUCAAGGAAAAACUGGUCAGAAUGAAGUAUGUUCACAGCAAUGCUGCUAAAUCUCAUUCAAACCUGAGUAAGAGCUACAAAACUCUUUGACUUUUCUGCCAAAAAUACCUUGACAUUCAGUUAUCUUGGAAAGUUGACAUUACUCAAAAGCAGACUGCAAGGUUUGUCAAUUGAGUAUGGCUGGACUAAUGGUAUAGAUUUUUUUCCACGUAUUCCAGCUGGAAUCUGGAUUAAAAAAGAAUAUUACUGAGGCUUUUAUCUGUUUGAGAAACUUUCACCAGAGGAUGAACUGUACCAUACUUGAGAUUUCAACCCAAAUUCUCCGUCUUUUCGUUCCAAAAUUAAACGCUCUAGUCGUCCCUCCCAAGUUAAACCGUCCCCUUUUUCUUAUAACCCUGAAUCCGAGGCAAAGAGAUGAAGGGGUUAUACUGACUUUGCCUUGAGAUUCAAAAUUGCUUUUUGUGGCUAAUCUACGAUAGGAGCAUAUUAUGAAAGCCAUUUUUAUGACUUUGAGGUUACAGAAUAUAGUGGUACAAGGCAAAUAAUUAUGUACCUUUAUUUUGUACUGUCAUUUUAUUUUUUUACUGUUUGACUGUUUUAAUUUUCUUUUCAUUUUUCCAGGGUUUUUGACUCGGAGUAUAGUAGCCGCUACACCCAGCCAACAAAAUUCAAAUACGUUGAUGGUUUAUGGAUAGAAACUCCCGUUAAUACUGGUGUAACUUAUUACAACGUAAAGGUUAGCAUGGAAAGAAAUGACAAAAACUUACUACACAGUGCAACAAAAUACUAAUACACACAUGCUCCCUGUUACCAGAAAAAGAAUUAAAGAAGUGAAAAAAAAGAACAAAAUGAUGAAGAAAACGACAAUAAAAUACAGUGAAAAUAUUACCUAAAGUAAAAUAUAUAUUAUAAUGAUGAUGCAAAAAUAACUGAAGACGUGGCAACGAAAUAACUAUAUUAGAAAGCAAAAAAGAUAAGAAUACAAUAUCCACGCCAAUUUAUUGACCAAUAUUUAUAUUCGUACGUAUUCAGCCAAUAAAAUCGCUUGUUUUCUGCAACAUUUUCAACCUUGUUAGUGUAAUUCUUCUUAUUUGUCAAACUAUCUUUCUAACUAGAAACUCGUAUAGCUUUAAAUAAUAAACUUUUAGUUUCGAAUUAUUAUUAUCGUUAUUAUUAUCUUUUAUUCUUAUUUAUUUAUUUAUUUAUUUAGUUUUAUUGUUACUUUUAUUUUAUUAGGACAAGAAGAAAACGCCGGAUUGGUUUACUCAGGUAUGUUGCAUUAUUUUUCCUGAUUUUAUUACGUCUUAAUCAUUGCAGUUUUUUAUAACUUUUCCUAUAAUGUAAACUUCCUAUUUUUUUAAUACACGCCUCAAUUUUAAAGAACAUUGCUCGCGCGUAUCUCGCUCUCGUACAGCUGAUCAGUCAUAUGAUAUGUUUUUUUUUUGUCUUGAAGGUGGUGGAACGACGUAAUCAAGCCUAUGGCUAUUCCGAGCAUGCACGAGGAACACACUUCUCUCGCGAGAAUCUCGAUGCGAUCAACAGGGAACAAGCGGAACGUGCGAGUUCUCGAUCCGAGUCACAUAGAUCCUCGUCUCCAGCUGAAGAAAGAAAGAGAGACCGAGAUUUCAUGCCACGACCCCGACCAAGGAGCGCUUCGCCACCGCGAAGACGCGAGGCAUGGGCCGAGGAGCGUGAGCACUUACCGAGACGGUCCGACGACAGACGAAAGAGUUUGGGAACAGACGCGACUUCUGAUGACGACGAAAUGGUUCUCGAGCGAGGCCGAUCCCCAACUCCGGAGCUUCGGGAUACGAGGAGCUCCCGACGACACCACCUCGAUAUAACAACGAACAUCUUGAAUGACAGCUUUGAAAAGUCGCUGUCGUUUUCCAAGAAGAAGAAACCUUCGCAAGGGGUUCGAAAUGGAUCUACCACUCCACUAAAGGAAGAAAGAGAUAUGAGACCAGUAAGUCCUGCCUCCAGUGUUGGUUUAGGAGAUGACGCAAGAUCGUAUACACCUCCGCGUAAGGUUGAACGACCCCCUCCGGACGCCUCUGGUAACGGUUCAAUUGUUAGCGCAGGGGGAGGUGCAGGGGAAAGAGAUGAUGACGUCCUCUCCGUGUCCGCCAUGUCCAGUCGAGCUUCCACGGCGUCUGAAACCCUUGAACGAGCAAGAAAACGGCGAGAUGAGUUUUGGAAAAAAGAAAACACAUCAAGAUAGAACUUUCAGGCCCGAGUUUUUAAUUGACUAAACAAAAACACCGAGAUGAAAGAGUGUAGUUUUGAAAAUGAUUGCCCUUUUUUGGUACGAGGUUCGAUUCAGACUUGAUACAGGGUGCCUUUGUUCAGAUAAUUGCUCUAACGAGUGUAAGUCACAAGCGUAUGUGAAUUCCAAAAACAAACCUUACACGUCCUACGGGCGUAUCAAGGCUCGCGCGCUUCGACCGGCGAAAAUCCACGCAGGCGCCUUGAAAGACCAAGGUUGAAAGGGCAAAAACGACUGUUUUGCAGUCUUUUAGUGUCAAGGAUUAAGUUGCUUUAGAUUCAACCUUGGUCGUAAGGUGACGUUUGACGUUCAGACGCCAAUCGAACGCCAAUAUCAACGACAUACAUCUGACGUUUUUUCGCAACUAACCUCAGAGUGUUAAGUCUGAAUGGCCCUGUUGUAGAUUCCUAGAUUAAAGCAUUUACUGAGUCAACUAGAUGCAGCGCAAGUCGUAACGGCGCUGACACGAUAUCACCUAUGAUAUGGUUUAACUUAACAAAGUGGCGCAUAGCCACAAGUCACAAGCCAUUUAUCUUACUUUGGCCUUAGUGAAAAAAGUUUAUCAAGUUGAUUUAGUCUCCAUUCUUGUCACACAUGUCAUUUUGA